AUGUGGUUUUCCAAAGCCUUGUUUCUACUUUUUGCAGGUUUAACAGCAGCAACACCUACUCCUGUUGGGGCUGGAGAUCUGCUCUCCAAAGCAUCUAUACCUGCUGUCUCCGGCUUGAAAUUCAACAUCGAUGGCACAACUGGAUAUUUCGCUGGAACUAACUCUUACUGGAUUGGCUUUCUGACCAACAAUGCCGAUGUUGAUCUGGUAAUGACACAUCUCAAGGCUUCUGGUUUGAAAGUUCUUCGUGUCUGGGGUUUCAACGAUGUGACACAAAGCACCUCUGGAGUCUGGUACCAAAGCUUCAUCUCAGGAAAAACUCCUCAGAUCAACACUGGCGCCAAUGGUCUCCAGCGUCUAGACUAUGUCGUCUCUAGCGCCGAGGCUCAUGGCAUCAAGCUCAUCGUCAACUUCGUCAAUAACUGGGGCGACUAUGGUGGCAUGCCUGCUUACAAUACUUUUUACGGCACCACCAAGACUACGUGGUACACAGAUGCCAAAGUCCAAGCCCAGUACCAGACUUACAUCAAGGCUGUAGUAAGUCGACACAUCAACAGCACUGCCAUCUUUGCUUGGGAACUUGCGAAUGAGCCAAGAUGUAAUGGAUGCGCAACGAGUAUUGUGACAACGUGGGCUACGAAGACAAGUGCGUACAUUCGAAGCUUGGAUCCAAAUCACAUGAUUACUUUGGGUGACGAAGGGUUCAUGAAUGGUGGUGGAGAUGGGAGCUACCCUUACACCACUGGCGAAGGCAUGGACUUCGAAGCUAACUUGAAGAUUCCGGAUAUCUCCUUCGGCACAUUCCACCUUUAUCCAACAUCAUGGAGUGAGAAAGAUGCUCUUGGCUUCGGCAAUGGAUGGAUCAAAGCUCACGGUGCUGUUUGUGCCUCCGUUGGCAAGCCUUGUGUCUUCGAGGAGUACGGCAUGGAAUCCAAUAAACCCGCAAUCGAAGGUCCGUGGCAGACUACAGCUCUGAAUACUUCAGGUAUGGGAGGUGAUAUGUAUUGGCAGUAUGGCGACACCUUGAGUAGUGGAAAGACUGCAGAUGAUCAGUAUACGAUUUACUAUGGGUCGAGUGAUUUCACGACGUUGGUCACCGAUCACGUGAAGAGUAUUGGUUAGCUGAAACCUUCCGAAGUGCAGAGGGGAAUAGGAAUGAGGUUGGAAGAUCAUGUAUAUAAGUUGAUGAAAGCGUCU